AAACAGCAGUAUUAUUAUUAUAGUAGGUACCUAUCUCGGCGUCAUCGCUGAACAAUUUGCCAUUAUUAGCCAGUACGAAAUCAGUUCGGCCUGCAGUCGACGUCGGUGCAGCAAUAAAUAGAGGUGCAUUCUCAUCGCGUACAUGGAAAUAAAUAUCGCGCAAUAUAAUAGUAAUACAAGUACGUAAAGGUAAGUUUUCGGGUCUGCUGCGAUGCUUUUCCGGACCGCUUUGGCGCUUGGCGUUUUAUUGGCGUUUAGCGACGCCCUGUCGCGGCAAAAGAGAAUCGUUGGCGGAUAUCCUUCGCUGCUGCCGGAAUCCGACGGCUUCAACGUCAGCCAACCGUCCGGUAAUUACGGUAAUUCCCAGAAUAACCAGAAUAUCGUGAUACAAGUGCAAGACGACUACCGGUCCGCCACGGUCACCGGUGUUGAGGAACCGGAAGGCUAUCAAGCGUACAAAGGCAUCAGGUACGCCGAACCACCGGUGGGAAGACUCAGGUUUCAGCGUCCGUCUUUUCUUCGUCUUUCUGGAGAAGUCGAUGCCACCAAAUUUGGAUCUCCUUGCCCACAGUUGAGUUCUGAUGGCAGUGGACUGGUUGGAAGUGAAGAUUGUUUAUUUCUCAAUGUGUUCACUCCGUUGAAAAAACUCAACAACUCAAAUAUUCCAGUAUUGAUUUGGAUACACGGAGGAGGUUUCUUUAGUGGUUCGGCUUUACAAUAUGGACCUGCCCAUUUAGUGAAAAAUAAUAUUAUUGUAGUUACAAUACAAUAUAGACUUGGAUCAUUAGGUUGGCUUACAAGUAAUUUAAAACUUCUUCCUGGAAAUGUUGGACUGUUUGACAUGAGUGCUGCUGUUCAAUGGGUCAAAGAUUAUAUUAAUCAUUUUAAUGGAGAUCCAGAACGAAUAGUUGUAUCUGGUCAAGGUAGUGCAGCUAGUGCUGUAACAUUACUAACAAUGUCAGAUUUUACAAAAGGAAUGAUAAGUGGAAUUGUUGCAAUGAGUGGUAGCCCACUGUCUGCAUUUGCAGUAGACCCUGCGCCAAAACAAACAUAUCAAAAUAUGACUAUGUUACUAGGAUGUGAUCAAUCUGUACCAUUACAAGCAAUUAGAUGUUUACAAAUGUUAUCAAUCCAAACCAUUAUUAAUGCUGACUAUAAAUAUCAGAAUACAAAAUUAGGAAAAGAAGGAUACUUAACUGGAUUGGGUAGUUUGUUAAAUGUUGGUCCUGCCGUGGAAGGUCACAAUGAUGGCCGUUUUUUGCCAAAUUUCAUCCUAGAUUCACCACUACGUUUAUUGAAGAAACACAAAUUACCCAAAAUACCAAUGCUUACUGGUGUUAAUAAGUUAGAAACUAAAUCAGGAAUUUUGGGAAAAUACCGAAAUCAAGUUAUUGACAAUUUGAACAAAAUACCAGACUAUGUUAAUAAAGUUCUACCACAGAAAGUGCUCAAUACUAACACAGGAUUAUUCAAAAACGGAAGUGUAAAUAAUGCUCUAAAACACUUAUUUGAGAAUAUUGAUUACUUAAAUUUAUUCACAUCAAGACUUGAAACUGGGGUUAAAGAGUUUACAAAAGUUAUGCAGGGAACAACAGACGCAUUAUUCAACUUGCCGGCAUUCUUUACAUCACAUUUAUGGUCAACACGUAGCAGUGCAUACUUUUAUAGUUUUGAACAUAAGCCCAGCAUGAAAUCUCCAGGAAAAUGGUUUUUGCCAAGCAUAUUGGGAAAUCCCAAUAAAGAAGUAUCCAAAAAUGAUGGAACUAAUUCUCAACAUGUUGAAGAUAAUGGAGAGCCAGGCCAUGGAGAUGAAUUGAUAUAUUUGUAUGAUGUAAGGUCCAUUGAAGGUAAACAGAUUUCAGGAACUGAACUAAAAGAUAAAAAAGAUAUUGAAAUGAGAGAUAAUUUUACAUCAUUAGUAGCAGAGUUUGUAAAGAAUGGAAAACCAAAAUUAAAAAUAUUAGGAGACGAAUGGCCUUCAUUUACUUCUUCAAAACAAUCAGAUUAUGUUGUACUCGGUGAGAAUUCACGUAUUGAAAAUAAGUUCCGUUUUUGUGAAAUGGGAUUGUGGGGUGGCGUGCCAGACAUAUUACAAUCAACAUACUGCAACUUACCGGGAAUUUCUGAUAUAUUGAAAACAGUCCCAGAUUUAUUACAAAAUGGUGUGUUAGGCGAUGUUACAGAAGGGGCGGUUAAUUUACUAUCUCUAAACACAAUUGAUGGACUAUUAAAAAAUGGUAAUAAUGGAUUAUUAGGUACUAAUAAUAAUGGAUUAUUAAGUACUAAUAAUAAUGGAUUAUUAGGUACUCAUAAUAAUGGAUUAUUAGGUACUAAUAAUAAUGGAAUAAGAGGUACAUUAGGCGUAAAAAAACCAGAUGCCACUACCAAAACACCUAAUUUGAAUACACAAAAGCCAACUAAUAUAUUAAGUGGUCUUGGCGUGCUUGGAUAGUACACUGAACAACUUAUGUGUUUUGUAUUCUAUACUAAAUUAAAACAUAACAGUAAUUAAUAAUGAAUAUAUAUAUUUAGAUUUUAAUUUUGUCAAUUUAAUAAUAACAAUUAUACAACUUUAAUAAUAAUAAAUUAAAUAUAAUAAAAUACUUA